AUGGCGGUGAAGUGGUUCACCGGGGCGCCCUUCGGGGUGCAGAGCCACAGGUUUGAUGUCUCCGCCGUUCACCCCAACCAGAAGAAGAUGAGCACCUUCACGGAGGUCCCGUACUCCAGGCUUCAUUCCGUAGCAAUGUCCCACAUAGGACCUGGGACCUAUGCCAGCAAGGGCACCUGCUUCAGCAAGCAAAAGCUGAAGGAGGAGGUGGGCACGGGCUGGGCCAAGGCCCAGGAAGCCACGCGGCUGACCCAGCUGCCUCACUUCCAGUACCAGCCCAUCAUAAGGGAGAGGCGGCUGCAGAAGGAUAAGCUGGGGCCCGGCACCUACAACUUCAAAGACUUCUUAGAACAGCUGCAGCAGAAGCCAUGCAGCACCCGGGGGCUGCUCAGCUCUGGGGAGGUCCGCUUCCGAGGACACAUCGGGAACUCCUAUCCAGGCCCUGGAAAUUAUGGCAAGAAAGGCAACCCGUACACAAAGCUGGAGGAGAAGGCCUGGAACCGCUCUCAUUCUGAGGGCCUCAUGAGCAGGAUGACCAACAAGCCGCCGCCCUUGGCUCAUCAGGGUAGUGGUCUGGCACCAUGCACCUACUCCUUCAAAAGUGGCAUAGAGGCAUGCUUGGAACGAUCCAUGGGCACCCGAGGCCCCUAUGAUAUUUUCUCUGGUGAUCGAAGCAAGCCCCAGCCUUAUGGACAUUACUCUAUGCAGAAAAAAAAGCCCAGGGAACUGAUUGGCUUCAAGAGCUUCGUGGAAGAACUUAACUCCCGUGACAAUAAGAAGCGUGGGGCGUUUUCAAAACUUUCCCGCAACCCGACAACCCCUACAGAGAGGAUUUGCUGGUCCACCCUCAGCCAGUGUCCUCGAAAACUAGGCCCCAGCAUGUGGCUUCCUCCAGAGAAGGAGUGCAGACACACCAACCACCCACCGUUCCUGCUGUCCUCCAAGCGGACGGGCUUACGGGCCUACCAGAUGUUUCUGGGAAGCUGGAACCCUGUGGGUGUGGGCCGCUACUUCAACACCUGGCCAAUGGAGAUGAAGGACCACCGGCAGCGAUAUCGGUCCCUGUUCUUGGGAGAAUCCAAACGCUACCCGUCGGACCCAGACCGGGACAGAUUCUUGCAGGAAAGGAUCACACCGUUUACUAAGGGGAAGUGCCCUCCAACUGUGGAUUACAAUUCAGAUCCUACUCCUUAA